UUGUCUGGAAAGCUAGUGCCCGUAUCGCGUCUGAUUCGUGGAAAAGCGUGGAAAGUUGAACGAUAGAAAAGCAUUAUCCGUGGUCAUCGUUUGCAUCGGCACCCCGAUAUCACGCGUAUCCGCGAGUCAUAACCGCAUAUCGGCACCGUGAGACGACGUUCAGUAGUUGUUCGAGAAGGAAGAGUAUAAAAUCAAACGUGAAAUCUCCCAUUUGAACACAGUUUGCAAAUCGUCCGGUUCGACGUGUGUGCUUAUUAAAAGUUUUGGUGCUCAGUUAGUCAUCGUCGCCGUUACAUAAAGAGCCUCAAAAGUGUGCGGGUGUGAUACAGCGAGGCAGGAAAGAUAAAUAAACGAAUCGAAACAAGCAACAACCAAAAAAAAAAAAAAACAUUGAAUCUCCCAGGAAACUCGUGGCGCAAAUUGUGCAGCGGUGAAUGUCCGAACCGAACCGUUCGGCAUUGCUUUGAAACGCAGGAAAAACCGACCACGUGAGGUUGGUGAAAAUCUCGAAAAAGCUCAUCAUCCUCCGGCGGAGUCCGUAAGCAGCAGCAGCCGGCAGUUCCCUCGGCAGGCCGCAAACGCAAAUUGAGGUUGCCCGCAGUCGGAUAUAGAGAGAAAACCAGCAAGGAAGCAACAUCGUCUAGUCAACUUCAGGGAAAACCCCGGGCCCGGAAAACUCUCGAUCUCCUUUUGUGCACCAGCGACACCCGGUGUUGGUGGAAGCGGAAAAGCUGGAUUACAAAAUGCUGAUGCAAGUGUCGCCGGAUGCGGCCGACGCCGCUCUAGCGCUGGUGCAGUCCGGCAACACGGGCACGACGGCGACGUCGCAGAGCUCACAGAAGGACACCACCUGGACGAAGCUGUUCGUCGGCGGGCUGCCGUACCACACGACCGACAAGAGCCUCCGGGAGCACUUCAGCGUGUACGGCGACAUCGAGGAGGCCGUUGUGAUAACCGACCGCACGACGAACAAAAGUCGCGGCUAUGGAUUUGUGAUUAUGGGCGAUAGGAUGAGCGCCGAGCGUGCCUGCAAGGAACCGAACCCGAUCAUCGAUGGCAGGAAAGCGAACGUGAACCUUGCGAUACUGGGCGCCAAACCGCGAGGCAACGCUACGCAAGGAUUCCCCUUCGCCACGGCCGGCCUGCGGACAGCGGGAUACCCAGUGCUACCGGGACAGUUCGGAGUGCCACCGUCAUACAUUUAUGGAACGCCGUACCUGGGAACGGCAGCCGGUUCCACCGGAGCAGGCUCCGCAUCCGGUUUGGUUCCGAUUCCGGCCACGCAGCUGUCUCAUGCGGCCGCCAUUGCUGCCGCCACUAAUCAGUUCUACGAAUACCAGAACGCGGUAGCAGCAGCGGCCGCCGCACCCUAUCCGGGUCAGUACAGCACAGGAUUCGACGCUUAUCCUUACGCGUCCGGAGCUUCAGCCGGAGCUGCAGCAGCCGCCGCGCAGUACAUGGCGGCGCCGUACACGUACGCCACGCUGCCACAGGCGAGUGCGGCCGCCGCAGCCGCCGCCGCGGCCGGUGCCUUUCCCGCCCUUUCGCCCUAUCAGAACGCGACCGGCGCUUCGCUCCAGGAGGCUAGACUGCAAUAA